AUGGCUGCAGAAAUCGAGCAGGACCGGGACAUCUUCUCCCCAAAGCCCUACUGGAAGGAGUUCAGAUUUGACCUGACCCAGGUGCCCACGGGCGAGUCGGUGACGGCCGCCGAGUUUCGCAUCUACAAGGCACGGGGUGUCACCCGCCAUGCCAACAACACCCUCCACGUCAGCAUCUACGAGAUCGCUGCUGAGCACUCCAACAGGGAGUCUGACCUGUUCCUGCUGGAUGUCCAGGACCUGCGUGCCGGCACCGAGGGCUGGCUGGUGUUUGACGUCACGGCUGCCAGCAACCACUGGUUAGUGGAUCGCAAAUACAACCUGGGACUGCGACUCUACGUGGAGACGGAUGACGGGCACAGCGUCGACCCAGGCUCAGCGGGGCUGCUGGGGCGCCGGGGACCCCGCUCCAAGCAGCCCUUCAUGGUGACAUUUUUCCGGGCGAGCCCCAGCCCCGCACGCGUUACACGGGCGGCCAAGUCCCCGAGGAGGCGGCAGCCCAAGAAGACGAAUGACCUCCCGCAUCCCAACAAGCUGCCGGGAAUUUUUGACGACGUCCACGCCGCAGAUGGGCGGCAGGUCUGCCGGCGCCACGAGCUCUACGUCAGCUUUCAGGACCUCGGCUGGCUGGACUGGGUGAUCGCCCCGCAGGGGUACUCAGCCUACUACUGCGAGGGGGAGUGCGCCUUCCCCCUGGACUCCUGCAUGAACGCCACCAACCACGCCAUCCUGCAGUCCCUGGUCCACCUGAUGAAGCCCGAGGCCGUGCCCAAGGCGUGCUGCGCCCCCACGAAGCUCAGCGCCACCUCCGUCCUCUACUACGACAGCAACAACAAUGUCAUCCUCAAGAAGCACCGCAACAUGGUGGUGAAAUCCUGCGGCUGCCACUGA